CGACAAAACCUUCCAAUUUGCGGUACUGUAUACACAAUCAACCAUGCUGGCAUGCCACCUGUCAGGCGCAAUCGCGCCAACCCCUUGCUUGCACAGAGCUCCGUGCCCAACAACGGUCAAGGUCCCGCAACACCCACUGGGGCGCUCGUGCCCAGGGCCGCGCAUAGCUGCAACAAGCAGGAGCUCGGCAGGAGCUAGCACUGUGGGCAAUGCGCCUGCAAUAAAGCUGCCGAAUGGGCUCGUGCUCCGGCACUUUACAGCCGACGAGCUGCAGUUCUUGUACCGGGAGAUAUAUGAGGACCGCGUGUACCUCAAGCAUGGGGUGGCGCUGCGCCCGGGUGACACGGUGGUGGACGUGGGCGCCAACACAGGCCUGUUCACAAUGCAGGCCUGCGAGGCGGUGGGCCCGGCCGGGCGUGUGGUGUCUCUGGAGCCGCUGCCGGCCACACACGCACUGCUGGCUGCCAACGUGGCGGCGCACUCGGCCUGGUGCGCGGAGCGGGACGUGCAGGCGUGCCGGCCCACGCUCCUGGCGUGUGGCGCGGGGCCGCCGGGGCAGCGCGAGGCGGUGUUCACCACCUACAGCGACAGCGCCUCCGGCUGGAGCACCAUGACCCCCGACGACGAAGAGGUGCGCGCCAACAUGCGGAGUUACAUCCUGUCGCUGCUCGAGGGCCGUGAUGCCCGCGGCAGUAGCAGCAACAACAGCAACAGUAACAGCAGUAGCAGCAGCACAGCCGGCUCAGGAAGCCGCGUGGCCGACGUUGAGCGGUCAGCUAUCCCGGAGCCUGUGCUGGCGCGGGUGGGUCGCGCGCUGUGGCGACUGCCGCCGCUGCGGCCGCUGCUGCGGUGGCUGGCGGGCGCGGUGGUGGAGCGCAUGUUGGCGGGGCAGCGCACCUGGGCGUGCCCGCUGGUGGCGCUGGGGGCGCUGAUGCGGGAGCAGGGGCUGGAGCGGGUGGACCUGCUGAAGGUGGACGUGGAGCGGGCCGAGCUGCAGGUGCUGUCGGGACUGGCGCCGGAGGACUGGGCGCGUGUGCGGCAGGUGGUGAUGGAGGUACACGACCUGCCCCGGGCCGUUGAGGCAGCCACCGCCGCUGGAGCAGCAGCCGGAGCCGGAGCCGGAGCUGAUGCAGCGGUGGCGCCAGCGGAUGUGGCGACUGAGGGGGCGGCGGCGAGGGGGCAGCUGCAGCGGGUUCAGGCGGUGCUGGCGGCGGCGGGCUUCAGCCAUGUGGUGUGUGAGCAGGAGGCGGGGCUGGAGGGCACCAGCAUCUACAACUUGUAUGCACGGAGGGGCUAGCAGCCUAGCGGCACGGGGGCAGUAGUGUGGUGCGUAGCGACGUGCAAAUGCAGAGGACUGCAGGGCAAUGGCAAGUGGUGGGUUUGGGGUGGGUGCCGGUGUGGAGUUGUGGACGGCGGCCAGCGAAGCGCGUCGUGUUGGCGGCCUUGGCGCUCGUGUCGGCGCACUAGUUGGCGGGGUUGAUGUGACACAGGGGGUUAGGGGGACUACAGCGCGCUCUGUGGGCAACGGUGUGUGCGUGUCGGCGUGUGGCGGCGGUAGGACGCAUUGGGCCGGGCCAAUGGCGGCCACUCUGCAGGUGGCGGCUGGGCUAGGACUUCAGCCUUUAGUAAAGGACGUCGAUAGGGCUUGCGUUGCCGUGCAGAAGGAAAGGCGGGCUGGCAGGCGUUUGGAGGUAGGAGCAAGAAGGGCGCGCCGGGAACUGACCGCCGUGGGGUGUCAAAACCGUUUGAUGUCGCAGGCUGCGUGGGGCCGACAUGUUGCAUCGUGCCGCCACCGUGGGUGCGCAUAUUGCAAACCGCGAU